AUGGAUAAUGAUAUUUCGAAACGAGAACUGGAGAAGGUGAUGUUCAAACACCGGGUCCGAAUUCUUAGCAUAAUGAUAGCAGACACCAAAAGAACGAUUGCGAACCUCAAAAAAGUCAAACAAAACGUGAACCAAAAAUUAGAGGAAAAGUUCGAACAAAGUGAUGCACAGAGAGUACGGAAAAUGGCGGAGGAGAAAGCACUAGCAGUGUACAACAAGGUGAGAGAAAGAGAGGUUAGAAAGUUGGCCAGGUUGAAGGCAACAAGUAUCAUGGAGAUGAACACAGAAGCGGAAUGGAUAGAGAACACAACAAAAACGGAGAUUCCGGACUACGUAGAACGCACACUGAUGCUGGGCCCAAACUUCAACAUCGAGAACAGACGAGACGUUCCGUAUAUCGAGCUGAUAGCAAGCAUCGAAAAAGUUAUCCAGAACAAAGAAAAUGCAGACGAGAUCAGGUCGGAAGUUUCCAACGCUAUGAUCAAUCACAUUAAUUACCGCCACCAACCCCACCACCCUCCGGGAGAAUGGAUCGAGAAAGAGGUUAUCAAAAGUAAGAAGUUUAUAAAGGCAAACCCGAACCUGGUCAUCACGAAAGCUGACAAAGGUAGCAAAACAGUAAUUAUGGAGGCUGAUGAGUAUCACGAAAAAAUGGUUAACCUGCUCACGGACGAGAACACGUAUAAAAAACUUACAAAAAAUCCAACUAACAAAAUCAUCAAAAAAAUCAACAGUUUCAUCGACGGAUGGCACAACAAAGGAUACAUCGACUUUCGGACACAAAAGAGCCUGAAGGAAUCUAGUUGCAAUCCACCACGCAUAUACGGAUUACCGAAAAUACAUAAAGACAACCGACCCCUCCGGCCGGUGGUGUCCACGAUUGGAUCGGCAACAUAUAACAUUGCCAGAUAUCUUGCCGGAAUAAUUGCCAAGGUGGUAGGAAAAACGGAUUAA